UUGACCCUUGAUGUUCAUAAAUUUUUUUUCUACAGCACUGGUUCAAUGGAUAUGUCAAAUUUGACAAGCUAUCUAAAUUUGAUUGAUCUGUUUGUGAUAUAUCAAAUUUCUUGUAAAUAGUAUAUUUUUAUAUGAUAAAUAAAUUAUUAGUUUGAUUAAAGAUGGAGGGAAUACGAGGUAUUGUAGAAUACGACAUGACUACAUUAAGAGGUCCUUUAGCGAAUGCUUUUAUCAUCCUUAUAAAUGCUUUGUUUUUCCAUGUGAAAUUAAUAGGAGUUCCAGAUAUUUAUCCGAAAGAUUUCGGUGAUUUUUUAAUGCAAGAAUAUGAAGAUGUUUUUGACUUUAUAAUAGUUGGAGCUGGAUCAGCUGGAUGCUCCUUAGCUAACAGAUUAACAGAAGACGAAAAAUGGUCGGUACUUCUAAUCGAAGCCGGAAACUAUCCCUCGAUAACUUCAGAAGUUCCUGCGUUUUAUAGAUUGUUAGUUGGUAGCGAAGAGGAUUGGAAAUUUGUUUUAGAAAAGGACGAGAAAGCUUGUAAAUCCUUCGAAGGCGAACGGUGUACUCUGAGUAAGGGAAAAGUUUUGGGUGGUACAAGCACCAUCAAUAAUUUACUUUAUAUUCGGGCUUCUACUUACGAUUACGAUGUCAAUGAUUUCGAAUCGUGGGGAUCAAAUGUAUCGUAUGCUAUACACAAUAGGCUCGAAAAUUAUAAUGGACCCAUUAUUCAUAACGUAAUACACGGUCGAAAUGGAUUGAUCCGUUUGGACCACGAGAAUUUCACCGGUUCAUCAAAAACUUUAUUACAAAAAACUUACCGAUCCGUUGGGAUAUUAUCGAAGCCCCAUAGACAAGACAUAGGCUUCGAAGAUCAUCUGGUAACGCAAAGAUUUGGAGAAAGGAUUAAUAUGGCGAAAAAUUUCUUAACUCCGAUCAAGGAUCGUCCAAAUCUAUUUUUAACAACGGAUUCAGAAGUUACUGGUAUUGUAUUAACAGAACCAAUUGAUCGAAGAGUAAGUGGAGUUAACGUAACAGUCCAAGACGUACCGUUAUUCAUAAAAGCAAGAAAAGAAGUUAUAUUGACUGCUGGUGCAAUUAAUAAUGCCAAGCUUUUAUUAGCAAGCGGAAUCGGUCCGCGAAAUUACAUCGAAUCGAAAGGUCUCCAGUCGUAUGUAGAUAUUCCAGGCGUUGGAAAAAAUCUUCAAAUGCAUUUGUUAGUUCCUCUGUAUGUAGCAUAUGAACCUCUAACCGCAUGUGACCGAGAAUUUUACACAGAGAAAGAUUUAAUCACUGAUACCUUCAAUUACAUUAUCAACAGGAACGGUAAUUUUACUAACACGGAUGUAAACGAAUUAACGACGUAUAUUUCUACGUUUAAAUCCAGCGGCAGCCUUCCCAAUUUGGCAAUUCACCAUAAGAAUUUUAAAAUCGAUGAUAAUAAUCUCGAAGCUUGGACGGAAAGUUUGAAAUAUGAUUUGAAAAUUAGUAAGACUCUAGUCAAGUAUAAUAGAGAGAGAUCGAUAUUGGUAUUUUUGAUUAAACUUUUACACCCUUUAUCUCGCGGCGAAGUAUUUUUAAACGACACCCAUUAUUUGAGUAAUCCGAAAAUAAUACCAAGAUUCAUGUCGGAUAUCAAAAAUAUGGAUUUUCAAGUACUAUAUUCAGGUUUUGAUUUCGUAACAAAUUUAACGGAUGCCAUGAAAGACGUAAAAGCAGAGUUUUUGGAUUUGGAUAUACCGAAUUGUAGAAAUUACAAAUUUUGUACACCAGCUUACGUUAAAUGUUAUAUCCAUAAUAUGGCUUUUCCUGAAGAUGUUACGAGUACCGUUUUUAUGGGACCAGAUUGUGAUACGAACGCGGUGGUUAAAGAAAAUUUAGAAGUUAGAGGAAUAAGAUGUUUACGAGUAGCAGAUUCGAGUGUCCUAAAUAAUAUACCCAUCGGAAAUACCGUUUCUUCUGACGCCAUGAUCGGUUUCAAGAUGGGCGAAAUUUUGAGAGAAAAAUGGCAGAAAGGUUAUCAAUCCGAAUACCUUCCUCACCAUUCAGAUUAACGGUAGACGGUGUCGUAUAUUCUUGUAAAUACAUCAAUAAAUAAGUUCUAAGCAAUAA